UGCUAAUUAGGUAUUGUUUACUUUACCUCACCGGUACUGACAGUCAGCACCAAAAAUCGUGAAGAAAUGAUCGAUGUAGCCGAGGUGAGCCACCAGUAUGUGGGUGAUGCGAACUCGAAAAGUACAAUCGUGGCCGUCGAUACUUUAGAGCGCAAUUGCUUCGAGGAAGAGGGUGUGAAUGAAAUACAGCUGUCAUGCGCUGCAGAACAUGAAGGCUGUCGGUGUGGAAGCGACAAGCCAACAAUACCUCACUGUGAGCCGUCAGAGAAGAAGAGACUAAGAUUAAUUACCAAGAUGAUACAGAAAAUUCAGAGUAGAUUUACAGGUACCAAUCCUUCGUGUCGAAAGUGGCCCACCGGUGACUAUUCGCGUCGCACAUCCAAAUCGUGGACUCCGACAAAUGGUUCUAGGAUAAGUGGUAGUUCAAAAAUGGACUUAGAGAAUGAUCUCAAAAGUCACCACUGUGACAGUAAGUAUGCAACAAUGAAAGGUGAAAGCAGAAAGUACAAAAUUAAAAGUAAGGGUUUUGUCUCGACCAGCAAUGAUAGUUUAGCAUGUCUGCAGCAACUGAUAGAUACCUUCGAGAAGACGAUUGUGAAGGGCAAUGCAACUUCUCAAGCGUCUUCGCCAGAAACGCCUGCAGACGUAACUAAAAAGGUGGGAGAGUCUAUGAGUUUCUUGUCCCCAGACAACUAUAGUGGCAAUGAUAAGAGUGAAAGGGACUUAGUUGACGAUGUGAUUGCGCAGUGUGAACCACGAGAAGAUGGGCACGGGAAAAUGUGCGUAUCUAGUAUGCUGCGUCGACAGAGCAGUCGAAUGGCGAGUGAAUGUAGCACAGUGUAUGAGGGAGUCACUAGUAGUGCUGCAUCUUUCACGAGUUUAAACAAAAAUCUGAGAGAACACUCUAAACGUUUGCAAGUGGAAAAUUCUCACUCGGUGAAAUCAAUGAGUAUGUCCAGCAAUACUCUGAGAAGUAAAUCGACAGCAAGCACUCUGAGGCUGCAAGCGGCAGUUCGCAAUCAGGAAAUGGAUUUGAGCUCUAGCCAUUUGCUUACCAAAUUACAGCGAGCUCUAAAAUCGGGAGCUGGUCAGAAUUUAGAUGGCGAAUUCACACAAAUAGACUUCGGUUCGACAUUUAGCUCUGGCCCAUCAACAAGUUGCCGUGAAGUUCCCGUUCACACAACUAAACCUGACAAUUUUCUAUCUAAUGCAACGCGCAGGAUUCCCCUAUUAUCGACUAAAUCAGAUAAUAGCCUGACUAAUGCCAAUUCUAGUGCUCAUCGAAGUGGUGGCCUUCAGAGGUCCCGAACAGCAGCAUUGCUAGAAAGAACAACCGGCACUCACAACGUUGACAUGAAUGCAAGGACCGAUGAUCAGAACGAUACUAACAUAAUUGCGAGAAUCACCUUGGAGUCAGAUCGUGACUCGGACGUGUGUGUUUCGUACGAGUCGUCAGGAUCUGAUAGCGGGGUUGCAUCGAGCAUGUCCAGUGCCGAAGCACACGUGGUUCCAGAUAUCGAUUUCAGUCAUCUUUUAAAACGGCACAAGAAGUCAUUUCAAACGAUAGAUUGGGGUGAUAGUUUGGGGAGUAACGGAGCUUUGAACAUAGCGUUGCUGGGAGCCAGGAAAACUGGGAAGUCAACUCUAGUCCAUAGAUUACAACAUGGACUUUUUAAUGCAGUUUACGAGCCGACUGUUUCGGACUUAUCGGUGUAUGAUUUGAGUGUGGCCGGCAACAGCUGUCAUGUGAAUAUUCUUGACAGUUCAGCAGAGGCAUGGACAUGUGCGAAUGAUGUGCACUUCGGUUCGGGCGUACCUACCAGAGGUGUACUUAGGAAACCGCGCUUCGGAAGAUCUCAAAGUCAAUCAUCCGCGGAUUUAAUGAGAGGUAAAAGUUUGGCAUUACAUGGAGCCAAAGCGUCCACAAUCAAAACCGAUAUCCCACAUACUUUAGACCCCCUGUGGUGGGCUCACGGCUACAUUUUGACAUUCUCUGUAGUGGAUCAGAAGAGUUUUGAUCACGUGAUUGCGCUCAAAGAAGAACUAGUGGAUCGGCGACGUCGGUUUAUGCAGAGCUAUUAUGUUCCAGUGCCUAUUACGGUGGUCGGUACGAAAGUAGACAAGUACACAACAGCGACACAGGGGUUGUACAACAGUACCAAGGAUCUACCGAGUUGGGUUGCAGAGGCGCAGAGAUUGGUCAGUAUUGAUUGGGGAUUAGAAUUUAGACUCGUAACGUGCACACAAAACCAAUGCACGGGCGUAUUCUUUACACUGGGUAGGAAAAUGAGAGAUUACUACUUGAGGAAGCUUCUGAGAGAUGAACUAAGGUAUACACCAAAUUACACAGAUAAGGUAUUUGAACCAUUAGUGAUGACUAACCAACCUGCAUCAUUGAAUAGCUCGCCAACAAAUAGUUCAAUAGGAACAAUGUAAUAUACUGGGAAGAGAUAAAUUUCUUUGACUUCUAUCUAACAAGCCGACCAAAUUAAUCAAACACGAAUAAAAUAAUUAGACGAGGGUGCCCGAACCAGCCGACCAAAUUAAUCAAACACGAAUAAAAUAAU